CACUGGCGAGGCCGAGUUGGCUCAGCCAGGGAGCCCUCACUGCUCUCCUAAACUCCACGGCCCCCGAGAUGAAGUCACCUUUCUUCUUUUAAAAGCCACAGAGCUGUCCUGUGCGUCCCCGUCACGUCUGCUGGAACUCAGGGUUUUUUCCACGGCUGGACCCCGGGACCUUCUCUCGAGGAGAUUUCCAUUUGAUCCGAGAGCUGCACAUAUAAGAGACUUGCUGGCAGCAUGGACCUCAGUGAAAAAUGGCCUUUGGAGGAAGGGACCUGGCUGUCUCAUGCUGGAAUUCAUCACUUUGCCAACGGCAGAGGGGACAGUGAGUUUGUGGAAGCCUCCCCUGCGCCCUACAGCCCGGAGGAGUUAGGUCCCCCGCCUGCCUGUUACAGCCCCAGUAGUCCCGUCCAGGUUCUGGAAGACCCCAACUACUUUUUCCCAGACUUUCCGCUCUAUUCUGGGAGGCAUGAGGCAUCUGCUUUGACAGUGGAGGCAAACAAUAGCAUCAGGGAAAAAGUUGUUGAGGAUCCCCUUUGUAACUUCCACUCCCCGAACUUCCCGAGGAUCUCAGAGGUGGAAAUGAGAGGUUCCGAGGAUGCGGCAGCUGGAACAGUGUUACAGCGGCUGAUCCAGGAGCAACUGCGGUAUGGCACCCCGACCGAGAACAUGAACUUGCUGGCCAUUCAGCACCAGGCCACAGGGAGUGCAGGACCAGCCCACCCCACCAACACCUUUUCUUCCACGGAAAACCUUACUCAAGAAGACCCACAAAUGGUCUACCAGUCGGCACGCCAGGAGCCGCAGGGUCAGGAACACCAGGUGGACAACGCGGUGAUGGAGAAACAGGUCCGGUCCACGCAGCCUCAGCAGAACAACGAGGAGCUGCCCACGUACGAGGAGGCCAAAGCGCAGUCGCAGUUCUUCCGCGGGCAGCAGCCGCCGCCACCGCCGCCGCCGCAGCCGCAGCCUGGGGCGGUGGGUCAUGGUUACUACAUGGCAGCGGGUGCCAGUCAGAAGGCCCGGACGGAGGGCAGGCCCACGGUGAACCGCGCCAACAGCGGACAGGCGCACAAGGACGAGGCGCUGAAGGAACUCAAGCAGGGCCACGUCCGCUCGCUCAGCGAGAGGAUCAUGCAGCUGUCGUUGGAGAGGAACGGAGCGAAGCAACACCUCCCUGGCUCAGGGAACGGAAAGGGGUUCAAGGCGGGCGGGGGGCCCUCCCCAGCCCAGCCUGCAGCCAAAGUGCUGGACCCCCGAGGUCCUCCCCCCGAGUACCCCUUCAAGGCCAAGCAGAUGAUGUCCCCGGUCAGCAAGACCCAGGAGCAUGGACUUUUCUACAGCGACCAGCACCCGGGGGUGCUCCAUGAGAUGGUCAAGCCUUACCCUGCGCCCCAGCCUGCGAGGACAGAAGUGGCCGUCCUGAGGUACCAGCCACCCCCAGAAUAUGGGGUAACCAGCCGCCCGUGCCAGCUUCCUUUCCCGUCCACUGUGCAGCAGCACAGCCCGAUGUCCUCCCAGAACUCCUCCGUCAGCGGGCCCCUGCACUCCGUGUCCCUGCCACUUCCGCUCCCGAUGACCCUGGCAGCCCCGCAGCCCCCGCCCGCCGCCUCCCCCAGCCAGCAGCUCGGACCGGAUGCCUUUGCGAUCGUGGAGCGAGCCCAGCAGAUGGUGGAGAUCCUGACGGAGGAGAACCGGGUGCUGCACCAGGAACUUCAGGGUUACUACGACAAUGCCGACAAGCUCCACAAGUUUGAAAAAGAACUUCAGAGAAUCUCAGAAGCCUAUGAGAGCCUGGUCAAGUCUACCACCAAGCGAGAGUCACUGGACAAGGCGAUGAGAAACAAACUCGAAGGCGAGAUUCGAAGACUCCAUGAUUUCAACAGAGACCUCCGAGAUCGGCUGGAGACUGCCAACAGACAACUGUCCAGCCGGGAGUACAACGGGCACGAAGACAGAGCAGCCGAGGGGCUCUACGCGUCCCAGAACAAGGAAUUCUUGAAGGAAAAGGAGAAGCUGGAGAUGGAGCUAGCGGCAGUGCGGACGGCCAGUGAGGACCACCGGAGACACAUCGAGAUCCUGGACCAGGCUCUGAGCAACGCCCAGGCCAGGGUCAUCAAGCUGGAAGAGGAGCUCCGAGAGAAGCAGGCAUAUGUGGAGAAAGUUGAGAAGCUGCAGCAGGCGCUGACCCAGCUGCAGUCUGCGUGUGAGAAGCGGGAGCAGAUGGAGCGGCGACUGCGCACCUGGCUGGAGAGGGAGCUGGACGCGCUGAGGACCCAGCAGAAACACGGAAAUGGCCAGCCAGCCAGCCUGCCAGAAUACAAUGCCCCGGCCCUCAUGGAACUCGUGAGGGAGAAGGAGGAGCGGAUCCUGGCCCUGGAGGCCGACAUGACCAAGUGGGAGCAGAAGUAUGUGGAGGAGAGCGCCAUCCGGCACUUUGCCAUGAAUGCCGCAGCCACCGCCGCUGCCGAGAGGGACACCACGAUCAUCAACCACUCGAGGAACGGCAGCUAUGGCGAGAGCUCGCUGGAGGCGCACAUCUGGCAGGAGGAGGAGGAGGUGGUGCAGGCCACCAGGAGAUGUCAGGACAUGGAGUACACUAUUAAAAAUCUUCAUGCCAAAAUCAUAGAAAAGGAUGCCAUGAUUAAGGUCCUCCAGCAGCGAUCCCGUAAAGACGCUGGGAAGACGGACUCCUCCAGCCUGCGACCGGCCCGCUCUGUCCCGUCCAUCGCUGCAGCCACGGGGACGCACUCCCGCCAGACCUCCCUCACCAGCAGCCAGUUAGCUGAGGAGAGGAAGGAGGAGAAGACCUGGAAGGGAAGCAUAGGCUUGCUGCUGGGGAAGGAGCACCACGAGCAUGCUUCUGCCCCCACGCUGCCCACCCCGCCGGCUGCAGCGCUGUCCCCCGCAGCCCCUGCCACCUCGGCUGGCAGUGCCCACUCAAAGACGGGCAGCAAGGACAGCAGCACACAGACGGACAAGAGCGCCGAGCUCUUCUGGCCCAGCGUGGCCUCCCUGCCUGCACGCGGCCGGCUGAGCGGGACGCCCUCCAACAGCCCAGUCCUGAAGCACCCAGCGGCCAAGGGGACGGCAGAGAAACCAGAGAGUUCUCCUGGCCACUCGAAGUCACCUGACCACAAAGGCCGCAUCAGCAGCUUGCUCCACAAGCCCGAGUUCCCCGACGGAGAGAUGAUGGAAGUUCUCAUCUAACACCGGCAUCCCUGUUGAAUUUCGCAACAGAACAUUGACAAACAAGGAACAUGGCAAAGAGAGAGGAGAAAGAUCAAGAGAUUGUGGAUGGGAAAUCAGGAACGAUUUGAGCUGACAUGGAUUUCAGACUAGUGAGAACACUUUUUAUAAACGUUUUAAACAAAAACACAGGAGACCUACAUGACAGAAGGUGAAGAGACUGCCAUGGAUUUUGACUGCAUGUGGUGGAAGAGAGAAGAUGCGUGUAGGUUUGGAAACAAAGAAGACAUAGGAAAUGGAAUUGUUCAUUGUACAGAACAUGUAUCUCUUGGGGAGGGUCGGUGUACCCCCAUUUUCUAGUUAUAAACAGAUAAACCUGAGCAUGGAUCUCCCUUGGAAUAGGCCCCUUCUCCUUGCAUCUUAGCUUGUUUUAAGAAGAACUUCCUAGACAUCUCCAAGUCCAUCUUGACAUAAUGUACCAUCCAUCACCCGUGUGCUCCAUAGGGUGUCUGUGAAUGCGUGUGGGUGCAGCAGGAGGAGGAAUGUGCGGGGUGAUGGGGCAUUUAAAGGGCCGCCUUGAUUUGGACUUUCAGGAGUUUUUGAGGCUUCUCAGCCUUUCUGGAUUGAGCAGUAUUUUCUAAGCAGUUGGGGAGCUUUCUGGUCGUGGUGCUUACCCUUCUCUGAGUUCAUUUUUGUCUCUGCUUCAUUCUCUUUCAUUUUAACCUUUUUUUCCUUCAUUUUGUUUUCUUUUAUACUAAGCCAUGGCAGAAUUCCUUAGCUCUGGGGUUUAUCAGAGCAGUCUCUGAACGGCCAUCGUUCCUGCUGUGUUUCAUAGUGGCCAGAGGGACAAAGCCGUAGGCCAGCUUCCUGGCUGCCCCUCCACCUUGGAGGAGUUGGGCUACCGCAAUGAACCUCUUUCUGACUGUGAACUAGUUAAGGUCUGACGAGGCGGAAGAUGCUCGACCGCUGAGAUGUCUUGCAAUAAGCUCACGGCCCCGACUAUGUUCGCUCUCACAUCAGCUCUUGCGUGGAGUUUGCUAUCCCCAGCUCAUUGCCCUGCUGAGGUAGGCCCUUCAGGACUGUACUCCAGGAAGCAGGUGACGCUUGCCUUGGUGGCAUCCAGAAACCCUCCAGGCACCUCGUGGGCUUUCUGCUGCUCCCGGCUCGUGCUCGUAUCCACGGCUCUGCCCGCCGCCAGCAUCCCUCCGGGCGCCGUUGGGGUGAGUGCAGACUGCGCAUGCGUGGCAGCGCUGGGCUCCGGCCCCGCCGGGAACUUGCUUUGUAACCGCCCAAGCCGCUAUCUCUAGGGCGAUCAGGUUUCUCAAGGUUUCAGAUUAGGACGACUCGGUCCAAAAUCAUAGAGCCAAGAGCAGGCGAGGUGGUGGGCCUCUUAGCCGUGUGCGAUGGGCUUUUCCAUCUCACUCCUCAGUCGUCUGCUUGCUUUAUGAAUCUAGGAGGUGCUGGAGCAGAAGACAAGCUAGUCAGGCCAUCAGUUGCUCCUGAAGGGUCCUGAGAGUUUCUCCCCCCUCCAGGUCCCUUUCCUCAUGCUUAAGGGAGGGGGAAAAGAGGGAAAAAAAAAAAAAACACCCUAGGUCUGAGGCUUUUUCAAGUCCAACUUCAAUGGAGCCCUGAAGACAACAUCGCUUAGGAGAUUUUGCUUGGGUAGCUCAUUCUAGGGUUGGUCUUUGUAACCUGGGUGAAGUGAUAGCCUCAUCAAAUCAAGGUGGUAGAAGGAAGACAGAGGGUGGGGCUGGAGAGGGGAGGGAGGAAAGGAAACGAAUGGCUUUGCCCAGGGGGUCUCUGAGCUACCCAGUGGUCAGAGUAAGCAGAAUGGAUGCUUCUCAAGCCCUGCCCUGCUGUGAAAGGAGGAAGGGCGGAGGCCUCAUGGCUGGUGUGGGGGCAGGGUUCGUAUGGACACAUGGGGGUGGGAGGGGGCAGAGGGUUCCCCAUCCCAAUCUGUUUCCCCUCACUUUCUCUAGGUGAUGACGGUCAGUCGAUGGCACCUCACUCUUAAGGACAUUUUGACCCCUGAUCAUGUUGGGGGCGGCCCAGGAAGGAAAGAAAGCAUUUAGAAAUAGGACGACAUAGCACCUCUGCCAGUCCCCACCAUCCGUGUCUGGGCCACCCCAGACGUGGGCUGUGUCCCCUAGAAAUGGGUGAGGUGAGAGCCCAGUUUCAGGCAAAGCCUAUCUUUAUGCCCCACCCAGCAUGCUCAUUGGCGGCUCAGGCACGAGGGCACUUGCUCUCCUUGGUACCUCCCCUCCCCCACCAGGUGCCAGGUGUGUUAGUUGUCAGAAGGCAAACACAGAUGUCACCAUUUUUCAGUUGUGCGGUCGUCUCUGUGAAUCUUUCUUUUUUUUUCCCCUCUAACCUGCCGAGAUUCCUCUGUACAAAAAGGGAUCUACGGCUUUGAAAUGUCUUCUUUUAGGCAGACUUCCUGCCCAGCUGGGGCCCUGACACUCUCCAUUUUCAGAGCUUUCUGGAAGCCCUGCAUGCCUGUAGGAGAAAUGCAGAUACUGAACUUCCUCUGUGCCUUCCGGCAGCUGACCAUACAUUAUUUCACUGGAUUUUAGAAAAUAAUCCCAGCUCCCUUUUUUAGUGCCAACUGUAUGCAAGCGCUGCUGUAACUACCCUGUAGUGAGUCCUCAAACCACGUGCAAGCAGGGCUGAGUUUAUCUUCUUCAUGUCACAGAGAAGGAAGCUGGGGCUCAGGGAGGUCAAGUUCUUUCCUAGAAGCAGCUGGGGUCUGAACCAAGAGUUUGGGAGAGGAGCUGUGCCUUCAUCACAGGCUGGACUGCCUCUGACUUGGGGUUGCUAACCAUCUUUCCAUGCUACAUCUUGAUCUGUUCUGUCCCCUGCAUGCCAUGUGCUCGAACACACACACACACACACACACACACACACACACACACGCACCUGCCCCCACUCCCUCGGGAGCUAAGAAAUAGGACUAAAGCCCAGAGCUCCUAGAUUUGCCCAUGAACACAGACAUAGAUGGCUAUCUUCCUGUUCCGAUGUAAGCAGGGCCUCAACAUCAAUUUUAAAAGCACCUGCUCAUAGUCCAGAGGCCAGACCUUCUCUAGAACUUUCCACUGGUGUCAGAAUGGGAACUCAUGGGCCCUGUCUCAGGGCAAUAGGUAACCUAGGCCUUGGGUGACCGUGUGCCAGAUUGACUGCUUCCUCCUUGAAUGUGUCCUCUGACGGUUUCCACGUGCUGCCCUGGAUUCCAUAUGAAGCAGGAGAUGUUGCUAGAUUCCAGCACUAAUUUCAGAGCAUGUACAGAGUCUUUCCGUAGCAUUUUCUUCUCAGCCUUUCUCCUGCUUCCUGGAGGUUGGAAGCCAACCCUGGUGUCAUGCUCCACGUGCUUGGAGCAGGUGAGCAGGACAGCAUUGCCACGUCCUCCCCGGGGCAGAGAGUGGAGGCCUUUCUCUCUCUCUUCAAUCCUGUAGGGCUCAAUCUUUAGAACACGCAUGUGCAUUUGACUGCAGAGAGCUGGGGUUGUCUGUCUAGUUGCUCCCAUUGGGUUGUGAACAUGGAACAUUGAACUCGGUGGCUCUGCACAGAAUGGCCUGUGCAGAGAAGCUGGCCGUCACUCCUGUUUGUUCUCCCCCGGGGUUGCCCUCAGCCUCCUGUGUCCUCAUGAUGCUGAGGCUGAGGGCGUGAGAGGUUCUCCCUACGGCAGCCUGACUCCUAGAGAUGGAUGUGAACGUGCAUGUCAGGUGAGGCAGGGUUCCAGGAGGCGGUGGAGGACGGAUGGGGCUUUGAAAGGUCUCGAGGCAGGGAGCUCAAGCACAAACGGCCAGAUGUUGUGCAAAGAGGUGUGUUUUCCAGAACCAAAUCCUGCUGCGGGUCUGCACUGCAGAGGGCGCCGGUGACUGUUCUUAAACACUGAAUGUCCAGCCCCCAGUUGCCUUCUUCCCAUCCUGACGCCUGAGGCAUCCGGCAUGUGCUUCACAAAUCUGGGUUUUCUCUUCCUUUUUUCUAGCUAAUGAAUUCGUGUGUUUAAAAUGUCUUCCUUCCACAUGAGGAUUGUCUGAUGGGUUUGCUUCCGAUGUGUGGCUCCGGGGGGAGACCAGCAGAGUAGUGACGAAGUUACCAGAAGCUGAUGAGCUGGGAGCGGGGAAAGGUCGGCAUUUCAGUAAACGCAUUUCUUCUGGAACUCACGGGCAAUGCUUUGGUCUCUUCCUUUGAAGUAGUAUUGCCUCUUCUCGUCUGGGAAUUAAAUGGUAUAGAGAGACGUGUGGGUCAGUGCAGACCCAUGAGGUGCGACCGUAAGGGCACAUGUUGAGCUUCUUGUCUUCAUACCUAGAAGAUCCAGGUGUCCCGUCUCACCCACCUUCCCUAAAAGGUGACCCUUUGUGAGACAAUGCUGAUGACUGCUGUGCUGCCCGAGUAGAAGCACUUGGCACACGCCUCUACUAGAAUGAUGUAGGAGGGCCUACAACAUUCCUUUUGUGAAUCUUUAGAGAUGAGAAACCGUCAUCCUCUAAGGAUGGCUUUAACCUUUGGAAAUAAUCCCCAAUCAGUCACUCAUUUGGAUAAAGAAAGAUGGGAGAUUAAGGUAAGUCACAUCCAUUUAGCUUUAAAAAAAAGCCCCUAAAAUAUUCCCGGAGCUGAGUCUUUGGACUCCUAGCGCCUCUCAAGUGACGCUUUAGAGGAGGCCAGUCAUCAUUCAUACCUGUAACUUCCAGUGGACUCGUUUUUAAAAAUCUGCUCUCUUGCUAUGCCUUGUAUAUGUCCCCAUCUCUGCAUUCAUGCAGAUGUCAGCACAUCUUCACGAGGCUAAGCCUCUGGUAGGAGUUGUGUAAAAACCGUGUUAGACUUCAGUGCAUGUUAUUGUCAUAUUAAGGCUAAGAUCGAGGUGUUUCUUUGUCAUGAAACUGUGCUGCUUCACAGAGUUACAAUAUUGUGUUCAAUAUAAUGAAGUACAUAUACGGCGUUCUCUUGUAUCAGCUCCCCGAGUUGUGUUUACAUGCUACUCGCCUAGGGUUCUGUUCACUUAGAGACACCUGCAAGUAUUUAUUACGAACGGAAUGUAAGCAGAUUGAUCCACAGUGGUUUUCUUUGACUUCAGGUGUUUUCCUCUUUUGUGGAGGGAGAGGGGGGCCACCCCGCUUCCCACCUGUGUGUGUGAGGUCACCGUGCUUGGUGGCCGGGUGCUGUGUUCUCUCCAGCGGACUCUGAUGUCACGUCUUGGCAUCUUCGUGUUGCUGGUCUGUGUCAAAAGUGGGGUACAGAACUGCACAGCCGGGUGGGCUGUGCACAGAGUGGGGAAGCCCAAGAACACGUCCACGUCCCCCAGAGCAAACACUGAGACUGUUGGUCAGCCAAAGAUUUGCCUAUUCUUUGCUGCUUAAACGUGUGCCUUAAUAUUGUAUAUAAUAAAUGGAUAAAACGGC